AUGGAGUCCAAGCUUACAUAUCUGUUCCGUACGCUGAAGCUGCUAACUUUGGAGUUUGGAGCGAUGACUUCGAUCCACGGCGUUGGCUACAUCACCUCCAGCCAGCGGACACUUUUCGAGAAGCUUCUUUGGGUGUUGGUGUUUGGGCUGUCACUCACCGGAUGUAGUUGGCUUAUUCGGGAUGCGUAUCGCCGGUGGGACCAGAAUCCGGUGAUUAUAAGUUUUGACGAGAAGACCAAGCCCAUUUGGAGCUUUCCGUACCCGGCGGUGACGAUCUGCCCGGAGACCAAGUUCCAGAUGGCGAUCAUGAACUACACGGAGGAGUUUUUAAAGUUUGAACGCGAUCCUAGCGGGUAUAAACCCGAUUUGGAGUGCCGUGAAUCCUUCUUCUCCGCCCUGCAUAUCUGCAACCAGAAUCAACUUAUCAAAAUAGCCAAUUUGUUGAGACAUUAUAAUGGCUCGGUAGAGACAAACUGCCAGCAAACUUCACGGAAAAAAAAGAACAUUUCGCUGCCCAAGGAAUCCAUCUUUGAAUCGGUCACGCUUCAGAACGUCCAAGUAAACUAUUCGGAAUAUUUCAAAGAAAUGCUCACCGAGGAUGGAAUCUGCUACACCUUCAACUUUGCCGGUGAUUUGUUCCGGGAGGGUGUUUUUCCGGAAGUUGCCACACCAAAUGAUGCUCUUUCGAAGGACAUGAUUUGGAGUCCCGAAAAAGGAUACCGUGAAAUUACUCCUCCGGAUGGUGGACCGCUUAGAGCUCCUGGAACUGGUUUGAACAAUGGCCUAUCAGUUGAUCUUCAAUUGGAAGUUUCUAACUUUGAUUACCUGUGCAAGGGUCCAAUCCAAGGAUUCAAGGUUCAGGUCAACACUCCAACCGAAUAUCCAGUAAUGUCGAAGCGGUUUAUAAGAGUACCGCUGGACGAGGAAGUGGUAGCCCUCAUCAAACCACAGUUCGUCGGAACCAGCUGGAAGUUACACGACUACGAACCUGCCCGGAGAAACUGCUACUUUGAGCAUGAACGACCCCUGCGGUACUUCCGGAUUUACUCCCAGGACAACUGCGAACUGGAGUGCCUCUCCAACUAUACCCUGUCGCUGUGCGGUUGCGUCAAGUUCAGCAUGCCUCGGAUAGGAGCGAAGACUCGGGUUUGCAACGCCAGCAGUCUGCCGUGUGCGGUCAACGCCGAGAAGACCAUUUCGACCGCGUUGAAUGCUAGUGAAGGACGGACGGCAUUUUCCGACACGGUAUUCCAGACACGGUGCAACUGUCUGCCCGGAUGUACCGUGUUAAAGUACGACGCCAUCCUGACCCAGGGACGGCUGCUGUGGAGACCCUAUCAACUGGCCGCUGGAGGAAGCAAUUCGUCUAAGAACAUUCACAAGGUGCGCUUCUCGCUGUACUUCAAGGACUCGCAGUACAUCUCGAUCACGCGGAACGAAAUGUACGGUUUGACGGAUUUUGUGGCCAAUUGCGGGGGACUCCUGGGACUGUUCAUGGGCGUAAGUCUGCUCAGUCUGGUAGAAUUAAUCUACUUUUGUACGCUGCGUCCGUACGUGCUGUGCCACUAUCGAGACGAAAAGGGACAGAUCAAGGGGUUUCAGAGAAAUCGGAAGAGGGUCACUCGGCAGAAGGUGAUCAUGGUGGAAACGCUCGACGCGGGUAUCCGAAGAAGACGCAUAGUGGCGGUGAGACAUCAGAUUGGGUUUCGUAGGCGGUUGAGGAAGAUGAAGAAACAGAGUAAGGUUUGA